CCGUGUUAAUCGAAAGUUCGCGACGCGUUGCAACCCUUCAUUUUUUCGCUUGCUUUUGGUAGGUUAAUUGAAAACACUUUUAUUGCAAAUAAACUAAUUGCCGAGCCGAGGGCGAAUCGAGAAACUGGCAAACAUGGCUGGCGGCAACACCCCGCGUGUGAUCCAGGUGACCAACAUAGCGCCGCAGGCCACCAAGGACCAGAUGCAAACUCUAUUCGGCAACAUCGGAAAGAUAGAGGAGAUCCGUCUUUACCCCACUAUCCGGGAUGUCUCCUGUCCGGUGCAGUCUCGCAUCUGCUACGUGAAGUACACGGAGACGACAAGUGUGCCUGUGGCACAGCACCUCACCAACACGGUGUUCAUUGAUCGCGCCCUAAUUGUCAUACCGGUGCUAGCAAUUCCUGAGGAGUACCGGGCCCUGGAGAUGCUCAAGAACGGCACAAUAGUGCCAGGUCUCCAGAAACCGGACUCAAAGCUGCCGCCAGAGGUCAUUAAUCGUAUCGAAGGUCAGCUUCCGCAGCAGGUGAUUAAGACGUACGACCCCAAACUGGUGGAGUUUAAUCUGCCGGAGUACCCGGCCUUGCCCUCCUUUUACGAUGGCCGCAAGAUUGAGGAGAUUCGGCGCACCAUCAUUGUGUGCGACGUAAAAAACGAGUGGCGCCUGGACGACCUGAUGGAUUGCUUUCAGCGCGCCGGCGAGGUUAAGUACGCCCGUUGGGCUGAAAAAGACAACAAGACGUACUGCAUGAUAGAAUUCUGCGAACAGACCAGCAUUAUCCACGCUUUGCGCAUGCAAGGCCAGGAGUUCAAGGGCGGCCAUUUAAGUGUCUACCAUUCAACCUACUCCAUAACCAAGCCGGAGGCCAAGUCCAAUGAGGCAGCACAGGCGGAGAUUGAGGAGGCCAUGACCAUUGUGAAGGAGGCCCAGAGUAUGAUCUCGGCUGCCAUUGACCCGGUGAUUGGUAUGCUCGCCAAGGACAAACGGCGCAGGUCUAGAUCACGCUCCCGUUCUCGGGAACGUCGAACCAGUCGAUCUCGCUCGCACCGUUCCACAUCGAGGCGGCGUUCCAGACGUUCCGGUUCCAGGGAGAGACGAAGCGUAUCCCGUUCUCGGCGUUCACGCUCGCGGGGUAAACACUCAUCUCGUUCGCGCAGCAAACGUUCUAGAUCCCGACACCGUCGGAGUUCGUCGCGUUCCAGGAGAUCUCGCUCCCGCGGCGGCAAGCAUUCUCGAUCGUCAAGGUCGCGUGGCAAGCGCUCCAGGUCCCGCCAUCGCCGCAGUACAUCACGCUCUCGUAGCUCUCGUUCCCAUGGAGCUGGAGGAGGAGGCAGUGGAAACGGCAAGCGUUCUCGAUCUCGCGAAAGGAGCAAGAAGUCACACCGCAGCGAGAAACGCUCGUCACGUUCACCCCGAUCUAGAAGCAAGCGCAGCUCUCCCUCACCGCCGCAAGUGACCGGCAGUAGCAAGUCACGUUCUAGUCGCAGCAAGGACCCGGCCAUCAUCUCCUCUAAGUCUUCGCGGCGACGCGACCGCUCACGCUCUCCCGAAUCACGAAAACUGAAAUCUAUCUCCGAGGACAUGGAGGUGAAGAGUUCGCGGUCUAGCGCCGAUUCGAAGUCACGUAAAUCGGUGAGCGUCGAAAAGUCGGACAACAUGGACAUCUCCAACUCACCCUAGACAUAGAGAGAUUGCACACUACUUUAUAAUAAAUGCAGAACUUAAGUAACUCCCGUCUCCAUUAUAAGCCGAUACCCAUUAUUCUCAAUGAGAUUUGUAUUCUGCUCAUACUCUGUCCUAGUACCCAAGCAUAAAGUCUAAUUAAACAAGCAACAUUUUCGGAAUCUUUACUUAAAAGAUCAUCCUGUAUACCCUUUGAUAUCUUAUUGAAUACAAUUUUAAAUUUCUUGGGAAACUUUUCUAUUGAACUCACUGUAUUAAUUGCUUAUAAAACCUGAUUUAAUUUAUGUAAAGCUAUGUUAAUUAGCCCGAAAAUACAACAUAUUUGGGAGAGCAAUGGCUAAUUUUGUACUAAACAACUCAAAACUUAAAUCUUUUUUACCAAAUAAUAAUUGUGUACGGAGAUUUCCCUUCAUAAAGAUAUAUUAAGAAAAGAA